AUGUCCUCCACCACUAACACCACUAACACCCCGGCCGUCAAGGCCACGUUCCAAGAAAUUGUCAUGCAUGCUACCCCGGUGCAGGGUGUCAGGUCCGACAUCGUUCACGUCGAGUGCGGAAGCUGCAAGGCCGUCAACGAGGCCACCAUCCCCCGUGAAGUCUUCUACGUCGUUACGGCUGGUACCAGCAUCGGAGUGUUCACUAAUCUUUGCAUUGCCGACUCCUUCGUCAGCGGCGUCCCUCGCGCCGUCUACAGCGUCGACGACGCGUACGAAGCGCUCCUGUAUGCCCUCUCUACCAAGACCGCUCACCUCAUUACCCCCAAGACCAACUAA